AGAAGUGUCGUAGCUUCAUUGAUCUGGCUCCGGCCUCAGAGAGAGGGGUCCUGUGGUUGUCGGUGGUAUCAGAGAUACUCUACAUCAUGUUGUUGGUGGUUGGGUUCAGUCUCAUGUGUCUGGAGCUCUUCCAUUCCAGCAACGUCAUCGACGGACUUAAACUCAAUGCCUUCGCUGCUGUCUUCACCGUGCUCUCAGGUCUGCUAGGCAUGGUGGCUCACAUGAUGUACACCCAGGUGUUCCAGAUCACAGUGAGUCUGGGUCCUGAAGACUGGAGACCCCACUCCUGGGACUACGGCUGGUCCUUCUGCCUGGCGUGGGGCUCCUUCACCUGCUGCAUGGCAGCUUCCGUCACCACCCUCAACUCCUACACCAAGACGGUCAUCGAGUUCCGGCACAAGCGCAAACUGUUCGAGCAAGGUCUCAGGGAGGAGCAGAACUACCUCGACCAGGAUGCCUUCCACUACUUCAGGGACCGCUCCCUCCAGUCCAUCUCCAGCUCCAUGGAGGUUUACCCUGGGCACGGGGGAGGAAGGCUGCCUGGGGGUCCUGGAGGUGUUGGGGGAGGCCUGGUGGGGUCCGGGCUGCUUGGAGUACCAGGGAGAGGGAAGAUGAGGGGACCCUCAGGUUCCAUCGACCUGGGAGAGAACUCUGAGUCCCUGGGGGAGGAACAGUGCUGA